AAUAUACAAUAUGCGACUGUCCAUAUUCCAUAGAUAUGAAGUUAAAUUUAAAUGGUUGGAGUAUUUUAUUCAUCAUCAUGGUUAUUAAAUGUUAUAUUUCAGAUUUCAGGCAGUCAUACACGAACUACAUCGACUGAUCAUGUGUUGUUCCAAUCCAGCAUGUGGACUGAAAACCGGUGGAACAUGUAUAUGUGCGCAUGCAAUACCUGCUCUGAUUGCUAUCAUUGCCACCCGGAUGAUGCUCUCGGUUACCCGGAUUUUGACCUUCGUUACCCGGAUGCUGGUCUAAGUUGCCCGGAUGUCAACAGCAAUUGCCCGAAUGAAAAGCAGAGAAGCUCCCACCAACACAUAUUUUCCGAAUUUAAGAAUAAAAACAGCGAUGGUGACAAACUAUGUGAACUAUCCUAACACCGUAUUAAGAACCAAAAGAGUCCUAUUAAUAAUAAUAUAUUAUAGGAUGAAUAUUGAAACAGAAUGAUCAUAAAGUUUAAUGAUCAAAUGUUCAUUGGGAAAAUGUACUUUAUAAGCUAGCUUCAGUUAGCCAAUGUUAACAGAGCGGAUCCAAUAUUAAUAUAUUGUUAUGUCCUUAUUUCAAUAUGAACACAUGGUUGAACAUGGGAAUAAGAAUAAUGAAAUAAAUAUUUAUGUAAUAAAUCACCGUAUAUGCA